AUGUCUCUUGAUCCAACUAAGCUUCCGGAUCCUCCAAUGCCGUCCUAUACUUUUACUAUUUAUCAUCGAGAUGUAUUUGAAAAAUCGAAGUUCAAGGACUACGACUCAUUAAUUGAAAGUAGGCUUGCUCGAUGUCAUGCUAGAGCAAGUUAUUUGGCAUCAAUUUUUGACGAUGAUGACAUUGAAGAAAGGAUAGUUCCUUCAAAUGACAAUCAAAUUGGCGCAAAUGAAACUCUCACAAGGCAACACGAUGUAAUGUGGAGCAAGAUCGGUCGUGUAAAGGUUCCAAAAACAACAAGUACAUACUCCGCGAAUGGUGAGUAUGUUGCAUCAUUUUUACUUGGUACUGAAGAAGUAAAAAAUUUCUUGCUAAUAGAUACAGGCAGUGAUUUGGUUUGGUGGCAAUGUGGACCAUGUGCAGCAAAUAAGUGUUAUAAACAAACUAAUCCUUUAUAUAUUCCCACAAAUUCGAAAAUAUUUCGAAAGGUCAAUUGCAUUCUACAUGGUGAAAAAUGUUUAGAUGGUAUGGAUCCAACUUAUAAAUGUACAACUUACACUCAUCAGUGUCUCUAUGAUAUGAAAUUUACAAGUGGAGAAAGAUCAAAAGGUUAUAUGGCAGAUGACGUGAUUACUUUUGUUUUAGAUCAGAGACAAGUUAGGGUUACGUUUGGAUGUGGCACAGAUCAAAGAGGUAGAAGAAGUUUCAGUGAUGAAUAUUCUGGAAUCGUUGGCCUUGGGCGUAGAAUACUCAGUGGCGCAGGAUUUUCUUUACCAACACAAUUUGGGGCGGACUUAAUGUCCAUGUGUCUCCCGAGAUUUUUUUCAGGAAAGGGAUCUACACUUAGCUUCCUUACAACCCCAUUUCCAAGAGCAAUAUCAGCAAAAUUAUUACCAAAUUACAAGUACCCUUUAUUUUAUUAUGUCAACCUUUAUAAAGUUUUUAUUAAUAAUAAGGUAGUUCCGGUUAGUCCAUCAUGGUGGAAUUUUAAACGAGGCAUGAUCGGUGGAGUUCUCGUGGAUACAGGAACAAGUAUUACUCGCUUUCCUAAAGAUUUUUAUACUGUAUUUCGUUACAUAUUUAGAGCUGAAGUACGAGAUAUUCCAUUGGCUAAAAGUCCAUUCCCAUCUUUGGACACUUGCUAUAGAGAGGAUCCCAAUGGUCGUGAUCUAGAUUUUCCUGUUGUGAAGUUGUACUUUGGUGGCGUAAACCCAAAUAACAUGUUGUUAUUAGCAAAAGAACGAGUUUUUCUGCACUAUCGUGGACUCUAUUGUCUGGCUUUUAUGGGAUGGAAUAGAUCCCGCACUGUAUUAGGAAGUAAUCAACUCCAGGGUAUAGGAUUAACUUUUGAUACUUCAGAAAAUACGUUGUCUUUCGACUUAGAUGCAUGUGAUUGA